AUAUUUUAAUUUCCACAAGCUACCAACUUCUCCUUUUCUUAACCCAAAAAUCAUCGACUUACUAUACUUACUCUCUCUCUCUCUCUCUCUCUCUCUCCAUAACUUCUUCAAUAAUUUCUGCCAUACAUCAUAGUGUGUCCUCUGCAUCCUCUCCAGGUACAAACAAGGCCUAAGCGCGAGGAAGAAAAAUGGCUGAAGCAUUCUUAAAUCCGAUCAUUGAAAGCUUGAUUCAUCUACUUAAAGAUGAAGUUAAAUCCUUAAAGGGUAUCAAAAAACAAGUUGAAAGCCUAAAGAGGGAACUAGAGAUCAUUGAGGCUCUUCUCAAAGACGCAGAUGCAAGAGCAAAUAGAGAAGAUUUGAUCAAUGAUGUUGUGAAAAUUUGGAUGAAACAUCUGAGUGAAGAAGCUAAUCGUACAAGAGAUUUCAUUGAUGAAUACCGGUGGCAUGUGGCGCAGUGCACUACUGACAAGACUGGAUUCAUUGGAUUUUUCUGCAAAAUAGGUGGCCGAAUCAAAACUUUGAAGUCUCGUCAUCUUAUUUCUUCUCAACUUCAAGACAUCAUCCAAUCUUUGCAACGAAUCAAAGAAGUAGGUCAAGGGUUUGGCUUGAGUCAAUCUCUACAAGCAGGUUCAAGUGGCAAAACUUCGUACACAGAAGAGUGUGGCAACCGAUUUGGUGCUCACUUUGUCGAGGAAGAUGAAGAAUAUGUGGAUGUUCCUUUGUUUCAGGGAGAGCUAAAAAGCUUUUUGGUGGAAGGAGAGUCUGAACUUAUGGUUUAAUCAUUGGUAGGAGAAGGAGGGAUCGGCAAAACUACUCUAGCUAAGAAAGUCUACAAUGAGGUGAAACACAUAUUUGAUUGCCAUGCUUGGAUCACAGUGUCUCAAUCGUAUGAUGUGAAAAUUUUAUUGCAGAACAUGAUGAAACAGAUGGGCUUAGUUGCUAGAAGCACUAGUACUAGUUCAUAUUACGAGAUGAUGAUUCAAGAGCUAAUUACACCGCUCAGGAAACAUUUGCAGACAAAAAAGUAUGUGAUCAUUUUUGAUGAUAUUUGGGAUACAGAUUUUUGGGAAAAUAUCAAAUAUGCUUUGCCUGGCAACAAUAAUGGCAGCAGGGUUGUUAUCACAACACGCAAUGAAACAGUAGCUCCGUGUGAUGAUUUUAUUCAAAGGUUGGAAGCAUGGACUCAUGAUAUGGCAUAUGAGUUGUUUUGUAAGAAAACAUUUAGAUGUGAGUUGUUUAGGGGUCGUUGCCCUGAAGAGUUAGAGAUAUUGUGUCACAAGAUAAUCCAAAAAUGUCAAGGCUUGCCACUUGCAAUUGAGGCCAUAGCUAGUUUAUUAUCAAGAAAAAAGAAGGUGAAAUUUGAAUGGCAAAAAGUUCUUGAUAAUAUUGAUUUUGAGUUCAAAACAAAUCCUCAACUCAUGAGAAUCUUAAAAAUCCUUUCUCUUAGUUACCAUGACUUGCCUUACCACCUGAAACCUUGUCUGUUGUACUUUGGUAUUUUUCCUGAAGACUAUGUAAUUGAGAAAGAAAGAUUAUGUCAUUUAUUGAUUUCUGAAGGUUUUGUUCAAGCAAGGGAUGGAAAACCAUUGAAGGAAGAAGUUGAAAGAUACUUGGAUGAGCUUGUUGAAAGAAGCUUAGUUUCAAUUGAGACACUAUAUGGACCAGUGAUAGGUUACAAAGUUCAUGAUUUGAUGCAUGAGUUCAUCACAUCAAAGAUAAAGGAUUUGUGCUUUUGUCAAAUUUUUAGCAAAAACAAUGUAGAAUUUGAUGAAAACAAACAUUAUUGUCGCUUGUCAAUCCAUGGUGGAAGUAUGCCAGAAACUAUAACAAAAACAAUCCAACAGUACACAACUGUUCGCUCGAUUUUUUUACUUUUAAACUUCAAUGACAAUGAGUUGGUUAUAAGCAAGACAUUUUUGAUUGCUUUGUUUCAAAACUUAAAGCUCCUGAAAAUUUUGGACUUGGAAAAUGCACCACUUGAUCAUCUUCCAAAGGAAUUGGGAAAUUUGUUCCACUUAAGGUACUUGAAUCUUAGUGGUACAAAUAUCAAAGUUCUUCCAGAGUCUAUUGGUAAGCUACAUGAUUUACACUACUUGAAUCUCGAGAACACACAGGUGAAUAAGCUUCCAAAAUCCAUAGGCAAGCUUCACAAUCUACGUGUUUUGAAUAUUAUGUAUGCCUUUGUAGUGGAGUUGCCAAUGGAGGUUAAUGUGCUACACAAUCUUGAGAAAAUUUUUGCUUCACGUAAAAAUGAGUUACUCAAUUUGAGUGGGGUGAAGAUACAAGAAGGGUUUAGUUCUUUGGAGAAUUUGGUAACAUUAAUGCAUGUGGAAGUGCAUCAAGACGUGGUUGGUUUCACAAAGGAGAUUGAGAAGUUGAGCAAUUUAAAGACGUUGGGCGUUUCGAAUUUGACCAAAGAAACUUCCAGGGCUAUUUAUGAUGUUGCUAAGAAGUUGAAUCACCUUCACACUUUGCUUUUGAGUGCUCGUGAUGAUGAUGAUGAUGAUGAUAAGAUUCUAGACUUGGAUUCAAUCUCAUCAUCACCUCCACCAUUGUUGCAUGUACUGUACUUGUCUGGUCGAUUAAACAAGUUCGAGUUUUCAAAUUUCACUAACUUGGUGGGGCUGGUAUUACAUCUCUCAAAAAUGACAGAAAACCCUCUGAAAUGUCUGAGAGGCUUGCCCAAUCUAAUGCAUCUUUUCAUGGACAACUCAUACGAAGGAGAGCAGCUACACUUUGAGGAAGGUAGUUUUCCAAAACUCAAUGAGAUUCGCUUUAAAUAUUUGCUAGAAUUGAAGUUUAUCAAGAUAGAUAAAGGGACAUUGCCUCUCCUUAAGAUAUUGAUUAUUGAAUCUUGCCCACUUAUUGAGGAGGUUCCCUCUGGAAUCCAGUAUCUAACAAAGUUAAAAAAACUUGGUAUAUGGAACAUGCCCAAGCAGUUUGUGGAUCGACUACUGCAGUCCAAUGGGGGCAUUGAUUAUUCCAAAAUUCAGCAUUGGCCAGUAUUGGAUAUUAUCUAAACAAUAUAAUGUUCUAAGAUAUUAAUGUUCUUAUGUAUUUUAUUUAUUGAAUAUGUAGUGCUUUCUCUAAUUAUGUACUAAUUGGAUGUUUAUUUUGCUUUUGCUUUUCAUUUUGUAAUUUUUGACUUUGUAUUUUCUUUUUUUUUAAUUGUUCAAUAAGGUUUGAAAUCAGUGUUGAUGAUUUUAGAAUUGGGUGUUGAAAUUUCCCUCUUUAGUAUUACCAAGUAAUUAAGAGAGCAACUCUUUACUUAAAACGAAAAUAAAAAGUUGUUGAAGUACUAUGAUCGGUUGCUCUAGCAGUUUUCAAUCAUGCUAUAGCGAUAAUUGAAUAUAAGAAAAACGUAAAUGAUACAAUGACAUUUUUAUGU